ACCACAUUCUUUGGCAAUUUAUUCGCAGAAGGACCAAAAAACUUUAAUUUUUGAAGACAACAAAAUUGCUCUAGAUUGUGACUUUAAACCGGAUGGGGUUUCGGAACGCACUUUUGUUCGCGUUGGUAAGGUAUUUGGAUGCUUGGGCCUUUUUAAGGAUAAAUUGGGCGCUGUGCUAGUUGUGAUAACUUCUUGCGAGGCAGAGGUUAAUCUUUCAGGCGCUACCAUCUACCAAGUGAAAUCAAUAGAACUUCAUCAUGUUUUUAAGCAACGCUUUAGCCACUUUGACUUUUUAAAAAGAUUGCAAAAAUUUUUCGAAGAUGGAAGUUUCUACUUUUCAUACCAUAUGGAUUUGUCUUUGAGCCGACAGCGUUAUCAUCAACAUUCUUUAUCUGACGAUCAAUAUUUUUGGAAUAGGAAUCUCCUUACGGACUUCUACGAAGCCUACGUUCCUAAAACUUUUUAUGUUGAAGUUAUACGUGGGUUUGUUCAGUUUCAGACAUUAUGGGCUUCCGGAGAACGAUAUGUAGUGGGCCUAAUAUCCCGCACAAGUUGCAGAAGAGCAGGCACCCGGUUUUUAACACGGGGGAUUAAUGAUGAAGGCUUUGUAGCGAACUUUGUCGAAACCGAACAAAUAUUGGAAAAUAAUGAUAACAUCACCUCAUUCUGCCAAAUUCGGGGGUCAGUUCCUCUUUUUUGGGAGCAAAAAGGCUUAAAUCUUGGGCGGCAUAAAAUUCAGUUUUCCCGUUCUUUGGAGGCCAUGCUGCCUGCGUUCAAGAAACAUUUUAGUCAUUUAAAUUCCGUAUACGGUCCCGUCAUGUGUGUGAAUCUGCUUGGUGGCAAGGAUGCGGAGAAGAUGUUGAGCGUUGCUUACGAAGAAUAUAUUGGGAAACUUGCUGAACUCGGCAUGAGCGUUGGAUUAGUAUCGUUUGAUUUUCAUGCUGAAUGCGGAAGUGGAAAGCUUGAUACUCUUUAUAGCUUGCUCACGCUCCUUUGUGACACAAUUGUUAAUGGCAAUUUUUUUGUUAAGCACGGGAGUUGCGCCCCUUCCCUCUUGCAGAAAAACAUUUUGCGAACCAACUGCCUUGACUGCCUCGACAGGACCAACAUCGUUCAGCAGUCUAUAGGUGGCUUUAUGUUAGAACUGCAGCUUGACGCGUUGGGCCUUCCCUCUAAAUACUAUGAGAGAUUUUCAAAAGUAUUUCGACUAAUUUGGCAUAACAAUGGAAAUAUGAUUAGCAACUACUACACUGGAACAGAUGCUUUAAAUAGUGAGCUUGCCCUUACUGGCAGACGGACAGCUCGCAGCAUCGUGAAUGACGGGAUAAAGUCGGUCACCCGCAUCUACAAGAACAACGUUAAGGAUGCCAAAGUCCAGGAGCUUAUCGAUCUAAUACUCACUACUCCUCAUCCUUCGUACAGUGCCCCGAACAGUGAGUUAGUCAGUAAAAUUCUAAAUGAGCGCUUUCGUGAAUAUUCAAGGACUGAAGAGAUUCGGUUGUGCAUUGCAACGUACAAUGUUAACGGCUUAGCUUGCCCGGCUUCCAUUUCUUUAGGUCCCUGGUUGACCGACUAUGUGGUUGAUGACCCUCCGGACAUAUAUGCCAUCGGCUUCCAAGAAAUUGUUAAUAUAGAUGUCGGGAGCAUACUUAAAGAAGAUUUCUCAAACAGUACUCUUUGGGAGUGCAAGCUGAAGUUGACUCUCGACACGCUUGGCACUUCUUACAAACUUUUAACUCGGCAGCAGUUGGUCGGUGUUUGUUUAUAUUUAUUUGUGGCCGACUCGCUUCUUUGCGACGUUCAUGAUGUGAUGGUAGAAACAACCAAAGUUGGUCUUCACGGUUUCGCAGGCAAUAAAGGUUGCGUUGCUGUAAGUUUCCAGGUCAAAGACACGGCGAUCUGUUGUGCUUCGGCUCAUCUAACUGCCGGGCAACUAAAUGUAUACGAUCGGCUUAGAGACUUGCAGGAUAUUAAUCGACUUACGCUCUUCAAAGGAAAGGGAAUAUUAUCACAUAACUACGUAUUUUGGUUUGGCGAUCUAAAUUUCCGUAUUGACCUGCCUGCCGACUUCAUAAGGAAGAAGAUAAAAGAAAAUUGCUUGCAACCUUUGUUGAAGAAAGAUCAACUCUUGAUGUUGUGCUCUCCACGUGGCGCCCUUUCUUACUUCCAUGAAGGAAGCAUCCACUUUAACCCUACUUACAAAUUUAAUUUAAAUUCUGAUGUUUAUGAUACUAGUGAAAAGGCUCGCGCGCCGGCCUGGACAGAUCGUAUCCUUUUCUUUGUAAAUAAGCAAGCUGUCUAUGGCAAUGUUACACAGUAUUAUUACAAUAGCUGUAAUCUACGCAUCUCCGAUCAUAGGCCCGUCAGUGCUGUCUUCGACAUAACUGUGCUCGAAAUAGACAAUGAUUUACGCCAAGAAAUUAUUAAAAAUUUCUCCUCUUCAUCUAGUGAUGACAGCAGCCGUUUCAGUUCAAUAAGUAGUGCGUCCUCUCAGAACUUAAUAGCUCCAAGAAGACCACCUUUACCGAAGAGCUAUCAAGUACACCUCAAGAGUCGCACUGGCGCAGAGGAAACGCUUAGCAGAAGUAUUCCGGAAUUAAGUCUGCAAUCUGGACUUAUUUCCAGAGACCCCAGCCCAGGCAUUGAAAAUGCGAAAGUCAUAGACCAACUGUUGUCUUUGGAGAACGAAGAGAAUAGCUCGGCUUCUAUUAAUCCGACAAACGAUUUGUUUACUAAUUGUAAUACAAGACACCGUGACGAAAAUUUUUUUCUUCAUAGUAAUUUUAAUAACGGACGUGAUACUAAGUCUUCACUUAACCGGGAAAAUUCAAAUUAUUAGCCGCCUAGAACUCACUGAAGCGCGCUUACAGGAAACUCAUAGCCA